AUGAAGGAGAGGCUGUUCUCCAGACGGGUGAUCCCGGACUACCGCGUCGAAACGGCUGCGCGAGCCCUUGGCCGGCCCAACUCCAUCCCCGCAGGAACCGGCCAUAGAGUGCAGAGUCUUUCUGUACCACAAGUCGCGUCUGUUUUGGACUUUCCGGGAACCUACCCUGGGGUGUCAGGCCUGGAGGAUCCGUGUUACUGGCUCACCUCCGAUCUCCGGAUUAAGGAGGGCCGUAUCACCACACGCGGCUGUGCCCUAGCCGAGGGUUACCCUGUGAAGAUGCCACAGCCUGCGCAAUAUACCAAGGCUAUGUUCCUUCUCAGCCUUCGCGAUAUUGCCAGGCAGGCCACAUACACCCACUGGGAGGUGGCGCUGAACUAUCUGCUGGGCGACGUGAUGGAGGGCGAGGAGAACCAGCUCUCCGGUUCGAGGAUCUCGGAGGGCCGUUCCGCAAGUACGUGGGACUGA